AUGCCAUGCUGUAUCGGCAUCAUCGACUACGCGCAGUGCAGACACAGCACGCUCUACAAGCUCGGAUGCACGGCCGGGUGCGAGGAGCUGUGCGCGCCGGCGCAGCAGGAGGUGCUGCUGCGGACGAGGUUCCGGUGGCGAUGCGAGGAAUGCCACGCGCUGCGGUAUGCGACCGACGCCGACGCCCGGACGGAGCGGUGGAACGACCAGGCGCGGCGCAUCAUCGAUAAGGACAAGGGCGGCUGCGGUGGUGGUGGUGACGACGGCUGCAACGACAACGAGAAUGACAAGGACGAAAAGGGCAAAAUGAACGAGGGGAGAGCGCAGAGGGACGGCGCGAGAGAUGCGCGAGAGAUGCGGGUGCUGGCACUGCGGGAUCGCGAGGAGUUUGAGGAGCAGCUGCAGGAGGAGCGGCGGGUGGCGCAGGUGGAGGAGAUCCAGUACGCCGAGGAGUGGACGAACCAGUAUGGGCGGGCGGUGUUUGCGAUGCGCUACGGGCCAAGGGGCCGGCGCCGGCGCCGGCUGCGGCAGUGGUGGCUGCGACAAGAGGAGGAGCAGAGGUCAGAGGAGGAGGACGAUGAGGCCGACGGUCCAGUCGAGGCGGAGAGGCGGCCGCGCGCAGAGGAUACGCCCGAGGACGACGAUCACCUCCACCUCCACCACCACCACCACCAUGAGCAACAGCAGCAGCAGCAGCAGCAGCUGGAGGACAUCGACGACAACGAGCAACAGGAGGCGGCAAGGCGGCAAAUCGAGAAGCUCCGGUCGGUGCAGCAGUGGGACCUAGUCAUCCUCCGCGACGCGCUCAGGAGCGAUAAGGAGCUGCGGGAGCUGCGCGACGAGGCCCAGCGGCUGGGACGGGGUGGGCGCGACGACCUCGGGCAUUGCGGCAUCGGCUUUGGCUUUGGCUCGCGCGCGUUGCCGGCGGCGGAAGGGUGGCCGACGAUGUCGGGGCGUGAAUAA